CUCCACCCUCCCUGUUCAUUGAUCAAGACUUCAUCACUGUCCAUCGUGGUACCUCCAACAUAGAGGAGGAUGGAUUACCUCCGUACUCUCGGAUCUGCCGCCGUCUCUACUUUGGUUCAAAAGUCUGGGCUUAAUCUGCCCUUCUCCUUGGGGCCGAAAGUGACAUCGUUAGAUGGUAUUUGCACGUUAUACGAAGGUACUAAGCGGGAUGAUAGUAGUCCUGUAUCCGUCUUUGAAUACGACUUUUCUCAGAAGAAAAACCUGGAGCCUCUUGCCAAGAAUGCGCUGAGGAAGCUAAGGACCACUCGCCAUCCCGAUGUGCUCAAGUAUCUCGACGCUGCAGAAUCAGAUUCGACAACGUACAUCAUGACCGAACGUGUCAGACCACUACAAAUGGUACUACAAUCUUGGUCGACUAAGGAUCAGCAACAGAAGGAGGAUUGGCUGUUGUGGGGUCUUCAUCGAAUCUCAGUCGCCUUGGCGUUUCUCAACGACUCGUGUUCCUCUACACAUGGCAAUGUGAGGAUAUCUUCCGUCUUUAUCUCUCCUUCCGGAGAGUGGAAACUGGGCGGUCUAGAAGUCUUGAGCAAUCCGAACGAUGAUGCCGCUGUGCUCUAUACAAUGGGUGGAUUGCUGCCAGAUGCCAUGGUCUGGGCACCGCCAGAAGUCAAGAAGAGCGGAUGGUCAGCCCUGAAACAAGGGAAUGCCGCAGACGCCUAUGCCCUUGGUUUGCUUGUCAACGCUGUCUUUAACCCUGCACAUCAUCCACCCGCCACUUCAAACCCGCCCCAUCCUCCUCCGACUGCUGCAUCUCGAGGCGCUAUUCCAGCAGCCGUGUUUCCUCUUCUUAAAAACCUAUUAAAUCCGAACAGCAAAGCCCGAUGGACAUCGAAACGAUUUCUUGACACUGGCAUGGUAGAUUCAGGCUUCUUUAUGACCAAUCGGCUUGUCAGAGUUUGCGGAGAACUUGACAAUUUUGCUCUAGGCAGUGAGGCCCAGAAGGCAUCUCUUCUAAGAAAUUUGAAUGAAUCGUCGUCUUCAUUUCCUCCAGAAUUCGCCACGCAUCGAAUACUGCCUUCCCUAGUCUCGGCCCUGGAAUUUGGUGGGGCAUCUGCCGCCACCAUUCUGCCGCUUGUGCUCAAAUUCAGCAAGAAUGUGUCUCCAGAUGACUAUCCAACGCUGGUACUCAUCCCUCUAGUCAAGUUAUUUACCAGUCCCGAUCGUGGAACAAGGAUGGCAUUAUUGGAUCACCUUCCGGAAUAUGUCGAGAAGCUGGACAAAAAGACAGUCGACAGUAAAAUAUUUCCCCACCUACAAACUGGGUUUUCUGAUACAGUCGCCGUAAUCCGAGAAGCUACAGUCAAGUCUAUCAUCCUUCUGGCUCCCAAACUUAGUGACCGCGUUUUGAAUAAUGAUCUUCUACGGCAUCUCGCAAGAAUGCAAACCGAUACAGAACCUUCGAUACGGACAAACACUUGCAUCCUCAUUGGACGUCUUGGUCCAACAUUGGGGUACAACACGAAGCGAAAGGUUCUUGUGCCGGCUUUCACACGCGCUCUCAAGGAUUCUUUUGUGCAUGCAAGAGUCGCUGGACUCAUGGCCUUUAUGGCAACGAUAGACUGUUUUGACAUUGAGGAUUUAGCUACCAAAGUCAUUCCGAAUAUGUCUCCUGCAAUGUUAGAUAAAGAAAAACUGGUACGAGAUCAAGCUUUUAAGGCGAUGGAGAUUUUCGUCAAAAAGCUGGAGACUCAUGCGGCGACAAUGCCCGAAACGAUUCUAUCUGACCCAGGAGAUAGAGUCAGUAAUAGUAGCGCUCCUGCAUCUGUUGAAACAACGUUGGUAAACUCAGCAGCUGGGGCCGCUGGUGCAUUGGCUGGAUGGGCCGUGUCAUCGCUAGGCAAAAGACUUGCUGCUGCAGACAUGCAGAGUGUAAUUGGAGACACAGGAAUCGAUCGGCCGACCUCUGUACCGGUCACUGAAGACAGUCGUAUAGGCAAUCUUCGUCCCGGGCUUUUCGUCACCUCGAUGUCUGCUACCAAUUCCACUGUGUCAUCUCCUGCUGUUGCUACCUUUAAUCAACCCAUCAGGUCGACUUCAUCAAAAAGCAAGGGGCUUCAACUCAGUGCCACCAAGUCUUCUAGCGCUGGCACUGCAGCCCUCGUAGACCAGCUUGCUGAAGAGGUCGAUGCUGAAAAGGGGCAUCUAGAUUCCAAUCCUUGGGGUAAUGACGAUUUGAUCGAUGUGAAUGCAGACUAUGAUGACUGGAGUGCCUUUGAAACUGCUCCAACCCCCGAAGUUGUUCAGCCUAAACCAGUUCGACCUUCAGCUUCAGGUCUCGGACUCAGCGUCAACGGCAAUCCAUACCCCUCCCAUGACACUAAACCCCAGACAUCUCGUUCUCGGUCACCAGCAGUUAAACAGACAAAUAAUCUAUCGCCAGUCCAUCGGUCAAACACAGCAGCAUCAUCACCAGCAGAUGACUGGAAUAGAAGUCCUCUAGCAAUCGCCUCCCUGACCAAGGAGGAACGGGCAGCAGAAAUGGCCCGACGGAAAGAGGAAAGGAAGCAGCGCAUUGCUAUGCUGAAGGAGCAGAAAAAGAACGCGAACAAGUCGUGAUCUUUACACCUACAUUAAACGCACAUUCAGAUAUUUCAAAAUAUUGGCGUCAAGCGAAUAUAUUUUAUUCACUCGUCUUUAUGCGGAUGUAUAUCCUUUCUCUGUUGAUUCCAUUUGUUGUAAUUCUUCAAUGGGUAUCCGAACUAGCAUUUCCUUG